CAGCGGCAGUCCCCCUGCGCGCUCUCCCUCCUGCAGGCUGUGCUCAUUCACACACACACUCCUGAACCAAUAGGACACUGGACACACACUCACAUACUCCAAUACUUACAAUCUUCAGCUGCAGGCACAGAUAUACACUCACACUGUUUCUGCAUUCAGAGAGUUGUUGAGGUUGUAUCAGGGGCAGCUGCAGACUCUCUGAAUUUAACAGUUUUUUUUUUUACUUAAGAAAUCUCACUUUGAAAAAAUGAGGACAAUUGUGAUUUGCGUUUUUGCCGGCCUCAUGCUGACAGCCAGCCAGACAGCGGACUUCCCUCCCAACUCUCACCAAAGAUGGGAUGCUAGAGGACCUUUCUCUUUGGGAUCUGACUCUGGUACCCCCGCCUCCUGCCCCAUGAAAUUGAGACCCUCUGGCCAGUGUGUGAGCAGCAGCUCCGGGGCAGGGGCAGAGGAUGCGGAGGACUGCCCUUACCAGCUCACCCUGCCUCCCCUCACCAUUCAGCUGCCCAAGCAGUUCAGGCUGCUGGAGAAGACGCUGAAGGAGCUGCAGAGCUUAAAGGAGGUGGUGAAUAAACUAAAGAGCGGGUGCCAGGAGUGCCGCGGCACCCCUGCACGGGGCAAUGGAGCUUUUGGAAAUCAGCAGGCAGACCAGGGACAGACGCUGCAGGUCCCCAUUCAGAGGGACACUGGGGAAGAAGUGAGGGGGGAUCUGACGGGACAGGAGGUGCAAGGUGGGUCCAGUCAAGAGGAGAGAGGAGACGGGAUGGUCCCUGGAGCUACUGUGGAUGUUGGUGGACUUGGACAAGGCUCUAAUUUUGGCAGAAUCACACCGAGCCCCAGCUCAAUGCAGGAGAUGCAGGUGAAGCUGAAUAGGAUGUCAGCCAGCCUGCGCAACGCCAGGAGCCAGAUCUCGGCUCUGCAGGGCCGCCUGGAGGGGCUCAACCUGCUCAACAUGGACAACGUGCAGGCCAUGGUGGACAGGAGGGUGGAGAACAUCACCGGAGUGGUGAACAAGCUCAGCUCCACCUGCACCACCCAGUGUGCAGUGCAGAACACACCUCAAUUCAUUUUGGCCCCUCGGGACUGUUCUGACUACAAUGUGCUGGAGGUGAGGAAGAACGGAGUGUACCGUGUGACCCCUGAUCCCCGCAAUGGGACAUUUGAAGUAUUCUGUGACAUGGAGUCUUAUGGAGGUGGAUGGACCGUGAUACAGCAGCGGCUUGAUGGGUCUGUCAGUUUCAACCGCACCUGGACAGAGUAUAAGAAAGGCUUCGGGAACCACAGAGGGGAGUUCUGGCUAGGCAAUGACCAUAUUCACCUGAUAACCAAAGCAAAAGACAUGAUCCUGCGUAUUGAGCUGGAGGACUUUGAGGGUGUUCGGGAGUACGCAAAGUAUGACCAGUUCUACGUUGCUAACGAGUUCCUACGCUAUCGGCUAUCUGUCAGUGGAUACAGCGGGACAGCUGGGAACGCCAUCAGUUUCAACAAGCACUUCAACCACGACCAGAAGUUCUUCUCCACACCUGACCGUGACAACGACAUGUAUCCCUCUGGAAACUGCGGCGCCUACUACAGCUCCGGGUGGUGGUUCGACGCCUGCAUGUCCGCCAACCUCAACGGGAAGUACUAUCACAAGAGGUACAAGGGAGUCAGGAACGGGAUCUUCUGGGGAACAUGGCACAACAUGUCGACGGAGUACUACCCCACCAACUACAGGCAGGCCUUCAAAACAGUCAAGAUGAUGAUGCGGCCCAAGAACUAUGCUCCUUAAGGGGUCAGGCACAUAUUCAUGAGUAUAGUCAGAUGGACAGGUAGACGGACAAACACAAAGAAAGACAGUCAGAAAUGGAAGUACACUCAAACACAUAGUCAGUCAUUUGCACAUUUCCAUAUGCAUAUGUGUACACCAAAAAAGGCUCUGUAGACAGUUUGAAUGCAGUAAAAACAAAAUUAAUUGUUAAACUGAGCUAUACUUUUUCCCCUUUGAGAGGGUGUGGCCUUCAAAAUGUUGGAGUAAAAUGAUGCCAAUAAAGGACAGAGGACUAUAAACCAUGAUGAAGGAAUAAAAAAAUCACCACACAUGCUGUGUAAAGGCCAGCCCCCUAUAGAGGCUAUAAUAUUAUAUGGAGGGUUACCAUGAGAGAUUUUUCACUGUUUCUCUGACAUUUCUCCACUUUCUGUUCUGCUGCCUCCUGAUAUAAAACCCGGCGGAGAUGCCGCACAGCACACAGUAGUAGUAAAAAGUAAUGAGCUAUCAUUUCCCUCGCUCUAAAUGGUUUAAUAAUUAAAAGCAGCCACUCAAGUGAGGUAUAUAGAAGGUAAUGAUACAGCUUUGAGUGAGACUGAAAUUCAUUGCAAAAGACUUCAUGCUGGGGUCGGAGUCAAACUGUGUAAAAAACUACAGGAAGUGCUUUGUGCAGCAGUGCAAAAGUAAUAGUUUCUGUGUCGUUUAUUUAAUAACACUGGGAUGCUUCCCCUAAUGUAUCAUCAUCCUAUACAAUAUUAAAUAUCCUGGUGUAAUAAUAUGCAGCCUGAGAUAGAUUUCUAUUGGAUCACUCCCAAGUGCAUUCUGGAUUAUUGAUGCUUAAGUAAAUUGCUCUCGACAGCAGCCAAAGAGAAGGACAUUGCUGCAGGAGAAUCAAACUGUUCCAAUUGUUUUUCCAAUCCUUAUCUCUGACUGCAAUGAAGUACAGCACAUUUCCUCAUGCCAUACACCAGUUCUCACAUGUAAAAAAAAAACAACAACCAGACUCAUCACUUGUACAAUACUGCUGCCUAAUGUUAGAAUAUUGUAUUGCAUCUUUUAGUCCACUCUAUACACACUGUGAAUGGGAAGGUUUGGGAACGUUUUUGCUUUAAGAACGUGUACAGUAUUUAUUUAAUUUUGUGAGAUAUGAAAGCUUUUAUAAAAAAACAAACACAGGGCAGACAGAACAAGGUUCAUUGAUUGUUGAUAUUUGAGUAAUGAUAAAGACUGUGCAUUAUUGUGACCAUUCAUAGUACUUAUGUGUGUGUAUUUGGAGCUUUGUGUGUGUACAAUAUUGAUCUUUUCUAUCAUUCAUAUUCAGCUGUCAUGCCAAAAGAUAUGCACUUUUUGUAUCAAAAAAUGAAUAAAGUUCUAACUACAUGCUCGGUGUA